AUGGCCGAAGAAAAGGUCACCCCGGCGACCGUCGCCAGGGUCGACAGCGCCGACCCGCGCCCGUCGUACACCGGCACCUCUCGCGUCCACCCCGAUGAAAAGGGCGCCAUGGGCGGCGAAUGGACCGAGCCCAUCGUCGACACCAAGGUCCCCGAGACCGAGGAUCACAAGGAGGAGGACCUGUACCGUCCUCUGCUGAUGGACCCCAACAUCCCGCACGAAGCCAACAUCCUGACCGUGCGCGCGAUCGUCGUCGGCUGCAUUCUGGGAUCGCUCGUCAACGCGUCCAACUUGUACCUCGGGUUGAAGACCGGCUUCACAUUCAUCGCCUCCAUGUUCGGUGCCAUUUUCGGUUACGGCUUGUUGAAGCUUCUCUCGCAAGUCAAUCUUCCUAUCAUCGGAGGAGCCUUUGGACCGCAGGAGAACUCCAUUGUCCAGGCCGCCGCCACCGGUGCCGGCGGUAUCGCCGGCAUCUUCGUCGCCGGUAUCCCCGCCAUGUACCGCCUCGGAGUCAUGGACAGCACGCCUGCCGGCGACAUUGGCAAGAUCUUUACCUUGACCAUCUGCUGUUCCUUCUUCGGACUCUUCUUCGUCACGCCCCUCCGCAAGUUCUUCAUCAUCCGCACCGCCCGGGAGCUCAAGCUCAUGUUUCCCACCUCGACCGCGACUGCCCUGACGAUUAGGUCCAUGCACGCGGGUGUGAACGGAGCCAAAGAAGCCGUGGGGAAGCUGAAGGCGCUCGGUUACGCCUUCGGCGCCUGCCUCGUCCAUCGCGUCGCAUCGUACUAUGCCAUCGGAAUCCUCUACGACUGGCACGUUUUCACCUGGAUUCAUAUCUGGAGCGGCCAUACGUCGUGGGCAAUGAACAUUGAGAGUUGGGGAUGGUAUUGGGAGUUUACGACGGCUUUCAUCGGCUCUGGAAUGUUGAUUGGCAUGAAUUCCGCAUGUUCCAUGAUGGGUGGAAGCAUCCUGGCAUGGGGGUUGAUCGGACCCCUUCUCGUACAUUACGGCGAAUGUAUCGGGAAGGACGCCUCCGGGGGAGACCCGAACUGGGACGGCUACUACAGCUUCACGUCUCUGAAGAACGUCGGAGUCGGCCCCCCCUCGCCCCGAUACUGGCUCUUGUGGCCGGGUGUCAUGGUCAUGGUGUGCUCUUCCAUGGGCGAGAUGCUGGUCCACUGGAAAGUCAUUUACUUCGGGUUCAGGGCCGGCUGGAGGUCCAUCUGCCUGUCCAUCCACGAGACGGCCAUGAAGAAGAACAAGCGCAUCGAGUUCUUCGCCAAGUACGCCGAGGCCGAGGAGAAGAUGGAGGCGGACGCCGUCGAGGACCCCGCCACGCCCGACCAGCAGGUCAAGACCUGGGUCUGGGUUGUCGGUCUGUUCGCGUCCAUUAUCCUGGCAUGUAUCGUCAUGGGUCUUCAGUGGAAGGUCAACGUUGGCAUUACGAUUCUGGCGUUGGUGCUCGCCUUCCUCUUCUCUUUCCUCGCCAUUCAGAUCGGAGCCGUCACGGACCAGACGCCGCUGACGGCUGCUGCAAAGGCUGCCCAGUUGGUCAUUGGUGGUACCACGACUGGGGCGGGAUACACGGUGCAGCACGCGCAGCGGAUCAACCUCAUCUCCGCCGGUCUGGCGGCCGGCGCCGCCGACGUCGCUACGGCGCUGACGUCCGAUUUCCGCACCGGUUUCCUUCUCGGCACGCCGCCCAACAAGCAGUUCAUCGCCCAAGCCAUCGGCACGUUCGUGUCCGUCUGGCUGGCACCGGGAUUGUUCGUCUUGUUCACCACCGCCUACCCCUGUAUCACGGACUCCGAGAUUGAGCACUGCCCCUUCCUGGUUCCGUCCGUCAGCGCGUGGGCUGCGGUCGCAGAGGUCGUCACGAGCCCCAACGUCCCGAUCCCGCUGUCGUCCGGAAUCUUUUCCAUCGUUCUGGGCAUCGUCUCGAUUCUCCAGGUCGUCUUCCGUCACUACUACCUAACCGGCCCCCGCGAGAAGUACCAGCAGUGGCUGCCCAACUGGGGUGCCAUCGCCCUUUCCUUCGUCAUUCCCGGGCCCGUUUUCGUCAACGCCGCCUUCGUCGGUGCCAUCAUUGCCUUCGUCUGGCGCAAGUGGAAGCCUGCGAGCUUCGAGGUCUACGGCUAUGCCAUCGCUGCCGGUAUGAUUGCUGGCGAGGGCAUGGGUGGUGUAAUUGGUGCUGCUCUGCAACUUGGCAACGUUUCGGGAGACAGAUACGGAACGCUCGGCCUUGCGUGCCCCUUGGAGGAAUGCUAA